GUAUAAAAAUGGAUUUUCAAAAAUGUCUGCUAUUCUUUUGUACUUUAGUGGUACUGCAUGCGGUCUUGUCUUUCAAAGCUUCGGUCAGUGGAAACAAAUGCAAAGAGACACUCGCAAACAUCUCUUUUUCAUGCAUGCGGUUAAACCUGCACAGCAUCCCUCCUGAAAUACCGUCUUCAGCCGAGAAACUUGAUUUCAGCUUUAAUGACUUGGGAACUCUGCAUCGAAAUUCAUUCCCAUCAUUGCCUUACUUAACUUUCCUUGAUCUUACAAGGUGUGGAAUCAUAUUGAUUGCAGAUGACGCUUUUCAAAAUGUAAGCAACUUGACCAUUCUGAUUCUUACUGGAAACCCCAUCAAACAACUUGAAAAAAAAUCAUUCCGCUCACUGCACAAUCUACAAAAGCUGACGAUUGUGGAUACCGGUCUUUCCGCUUUAGAAAAGUUGCCUAUCAGUCACUUGACACAGCUGCAAGAGCUAAAGGCUGGGAAGAAUAUCAUAAGCUCUUUGAAAGUGCCACUGUAUGUCUUCAAUCUCACCAGCCUCAGACUGCUGGACCUGCACUCCAAUAAUAUUUCCAGCAUAUCUUUGAGAGAUACGACAGUUUUAAGGAAAAUGGACCUAACAAAUUUAACACUCAUUCUUACACAAAACCAUAUUUCGUAUGUACAAUCAGGGGCAUUCGAUGGUGUUAUUCUUAAAGAACUUCACCUAAGAAGUGCGUUUGAUUUUCCCUAUGCCAAGAACUGCUGCCUUAAGGCAAUGGCUGGUUUGAAAGUUGACAAACUUGUCCUGGGAAAUUACAGGAAUACAAAAUUAGUAACAACUUCUGGGAGUGGUCCCCUAGACGGGCUCUGUAUGAUUGAAUUCCAGGAAAUCCACAUUACUGAUAUCGAUGAUUUGUCAGGUCACUAUCCCAAUGCACGCGACAUAUUCCACUGCCUUGUUAAUGCUACAGUUAUUAAAUUAUUAAACUGUUUGUUAACUGACCUAAAAGUUCCUAUCUUCCCUAAGCUUAAGAUGCUAGAUUUAAGUUACAAUAAUUUUGAAAACCUGCCUGCAGCUGAACUUUCAAACCAGAAUACCUUAGAGACUCUUCGGAUAACAGAUAAUUGGUUUUUGACCUCUUUUAAUUCUCGAUUUUUAAAUAUGUCCAGCCUUAAAAACUUAGAUAUCAGUUAUAAUCAUAUUACCAUGCGGCAAUGCUGCAUUCCACAGUUUUCUGGUGCAGACCAGCUUAUCAUCCUCAAUAUGAGCUACAACCUUGAAAUUAGAUUUGAAGGUUUAGCUUUUGAUGGGAUUGAAAAUUUGGAAAUUUUAGACCUUAGAUACACUAAGAUUGGUGGCUUUGGGGAUUACCCUUUACUCAAAAAUUUGAAAAAACUUUCCUAUCUCGACAUUUCUUAUGCAAGUACAUAUUUCACAAGUGAAAAUGCAUUAGAAGGCCCUGCCAAUCUAAAGGUCCUGAAGGCUCCAGGAAACCUUUUCCAUAGAGGUAUUGUAUAUUUUAUGCAUAACCCUGAACUUGAACUGCUUGAUAUUUCACACUGUCAAUUUGACCAUUUGCCCCAAGGUACAUUUAAGGGUCUCAGGAAUCUUCAGCACUUAGAUGUCAGUCACAAUAAGCUGACAACAAUUGAUUUUGUUACCAGCCCUUCUCUUAACACACUUACACUGAUAGACUUGUCUAACAACAACGUCCCUGGAAUUCCACAAAGCGUCCUGGAUCACCUGCCAAAGAAAAUGAUUGUAUUUGACAUAUCUCAAAAUCCCUUUGAAUGCACGUGUGAUUAUUUAAGUUUUUUCAAGUGGGCAACUGAACACAAAGCAAUAUUAAAGAACCCAAAUGAACUUUUGUGUAAAAGCCCAUUGUCCCUGACAAACACAAGAGUAAUAGAUUCUGACAUUUGCAAGGCUAAAACUUUGUUCAUAGGCGUGACUAUUGGCAUUUUAAUUAUUCUAUCAGCAAUAGCAGCAUCCAUAUACAAAUACCAGUUUCACUUGCUCUACUGUUGGAUACUGAUGAAGGGGUACAGGAGUACUCAAUUGCAGGAGUGUAAAUUUGAUGCCUUUGUUGUCUACUCCAGUCUUGAUGAACACUGGGUCAUGAAUGAAUUGGUAGAGAACUUGGAGAAUGGAGUACCUCCUAUAGAGCUGUGUCUACACAAUAGGGACUUCCAACCAGGACAAUUGAUAACCUCCAACAUUCUCGAAGAAGGAAUCAUGAGCAGCAGGAAAGUCAUCAUUGUGUUAUCCAAAAACUUCAUCGCGAGCAGGUGGUGCAAAUUUGAAUUUGAUAUGGCACGAUCUUGGCAAUUUCUCGAGGGAACACCGGGUAUAAUAGUGAUUGUGUUGGAAGAUAUCAAGGAGGAGGAGAUAAAGCAUGUGUUUAGACUUCACAAAUACCUGAAGAAAAACACUUACUUGAAAUGGAAAGACAAUGCCCUGAGCAGCAUGAGAUUCUGGACUCGUCUCAGGAAAGCUGUUCUCUCGGGGAAAAGGUGAUUUCAGGUAAAGUAUCUAUAAAUUGAAAUCAGCAAAAGCCAAAGUAUGAGACUGGGAUGUAAAACUGAUAAGAUGAGGAAAUUCUAAAUAUUUCUUAAGCAGUGGCACUGAGCGCAGACAUGCUGUUUUUUAAACAUUUUUGGUAGCACAGUUUGCAUCUCUUGUUGUGAAUUCUGAGAUUUUUUGUAAUAAACUGUUAUUUUAUUUUAUUUUUUUUCUGU